AUGAUGCGAGGAAACAACAUGAGACUGAUUGCCAAACGAGCUUCGGCUUUGAUUUCUACUUCCUCUGCAACAGGUAGAGCUUCAUCUACUAGAAUGUUCUCUAGUACAAGUUCAGUGAUGAAAUUAUAUGGUUCAAGUGAGAUGACUUUGUUUAGCACUGUUUCCUCUUCUUCCUCUUCAAGAAAUUCUUCCUCUAGAAAUAUAACCAUUAGAAAUAUGGCAAACGGUGCGGCUUUAGGGCAACUUUUAACAGUUUUUGGAUCAAACGAUGAUGAUGAUGGAUAG